GGUCAUACAAUUAUAUUCUAUAUAACGAUGAAUUAUGGUAACAAAAAAAAAUAUUUAUAGAGCACCGUUGAACUUAAUUUAAAUAACGAGUACAACACUCGUUCUAAAACGUCCAAUUCUAUCCUUCAGCCAACUCUAUAAUCACUCUACAUGCAUAUACCGUCGUACAUACACGCUGUUCAGCAGUCAGUAGCUUCAAGUAAUACUUACAGCAUAUAAUAUAAAUAUACACAACGUAUCAUAUAUUCUAAUUCUGUUUUAUCUUUCUAUUCUUUCAGUGCGCAAUUUAACACGCAUUUUAUCGUUGACACAAAAGUUAUUUUCAAUUAUUAUUAUCAGGAUUAAAGUUUAUGUAUAUGUAUAUUAUCAAGCUAUUAAAUAAAAUAUAGCAUGACUUAACUUGUUGUCGUGACGGUUUUGUAUUUUAAUUUAUUUUUUAAACUUAAGGUGAAUGUAAUUGUGUAUACUAAAUGUAAAGACGACAAUUAUUCGAAUCUACAAGCGAAAGUUUUUAGAGUGAUUUAAAAUCCAGGAUUCAGUUUGAUUGAUGUAAAAAUACCGAUGUUUAAUUGAGCGUGAAUAAAGUGAAAGUUAAAGGCUAAAAGAUGUCUUACUUGACGUCUGAAAAUGGCACGAUGGUUAAUAUGAUAAAGCAAAAGUUUGAGCAAAACUUGUCUACUAAAACUUCAAUUGAAAACAACACUAAAGAUAAUCAUGACAAUGAGGAUAAUGACCAGAGAGAACAAUUACGCAGAUCACUAAGUGCUUCUCCAGUUAAAAUAAAAAAAAACUUGAAGCUAAAUGUCACGAGACAGUUAUCGAAUCCUGGUAAAAAUAUUAAACGAACGCCGGCUUUCAGGGGAGACAAGCUUACAAAGAUAAGAAACUUGCAUUCGCCGUCCAAGGAAAAAGUAUUUUCCAUAGUUAAUCAAAAUGUUAAAAUAUUCGAAGAGAAACCAGAGUACGGUAAGCUAGGUAAGGUCAAAAAAAAAUCUAUAGAAGAUGAUGUUGAUGCACAAGAUAAAGAUUUUGAUGUUGUAGAUUAUGGUGAUAAAAAUAAGUACGAGUAUAAAAGUAUUAAGAACAGUAAUCGGCCACCGUUGACCAAAGAGAAGAAGAUAACUUGUGAAAAUUCUGUUAAAACAACUGUGAUCUCACGACAGAAAAAUAUAUCACCUAUUUAUAAUUUAGAUUAUGAUUUUGGUCAAGCAUCAAAAUGUCUUAAUACUACUAAUGAUCAUCUUGUUUCAUUUAAUAACUUACAAAAAAAAAAUCCAACUCAAUUUGACAAAUUUAUAAUGAAUGGUGCUGAGUAUACAAAAGUAAUAAAAUCAAAGGGUGUUAAUGAUAAAAGUAUAAAAUCUAAUGAGUUUACUCAAGAUAAUGACGGAGAUAAUACCAUGAUAGACAUUAGAGAGGAAUUAUCACGACGAAAAUCAACGAAGCUUGAGAAAGAUAAGUAUAAUAAUAAUUCGUGUGAAGCAACUAUAAUUAUCCCAGCUGCUUCUUCAAAGUCUGAUGAUGAAUCAACUGAUGAAUUAACCGACAGACUGAAAGCAGCAUUAAAAGCUCCACUGCCAUCUGGUCCUCCACCAAAAAAACCUCCCAGGACUUUUGCUCACUGCCCGGUAAGUCGAAGAUAUAAUUUAGAUGCUGAAGAAAAUGUUAAAUCUUUGUGGACCCGUGAUAGACUAAAUUCUUGUGGAAAAAAUAUCGGACUCGAUGUAACUGGAUCGUCAAAAUUUGUAAGGAAUUAUGAAGUUAUUCCUGGUGAUGAAGAUAGUAGUGAAGCAGAUAAUGGCAAUGAUAACGAUGAUGAUAAUGAUGAUGAUGAUGAUGAUGAUGAUGUUGUUUCUGGGUCUUCAAAAGACCGGGUAAGAAUAGGAGAGAAAGAAACUGGACUAAGCUCAGCACACAAUGUACAAAAUUUAAAUAGUGCAUUGCCCAGUAAAAAUAGUUCAGCAUUAAAUGACAUUAAAGAACAUUCUCCCACGGCAUCAACGAGUUCCGUUAAAUGUCGCACCGUUCGUGACUCGAAGAAAAUGUUGGAAAAACUUGAAACUGUGUUAAUUCAACAUCAAAAAGCCCUGGGACCAAAAGUUAUAGUACCUAGAAAAGAAAAAUUCGAAUUAGACAUGCAUUUUAAUAAUAAUAUCAGCAUUAAUAAUAAGAAAAAUCAAAAUUAUUUGGACAAUAUUGAAAAUACGGAUAAAAAUAAAUUUUUCAACAGGUUAUCUCGUACAUUAGAUGAUCCUAAAAAAGGAAAUAAUGAAAGUAAGAAUUCAGAGUCAAAAACACGUAAGCACUCGACGUUUGAUUGUUUGCCAUAUUUAAAUUGUGCGAGUCCAAUGAUGUAUGAACAGCCGAAUUUUAAAACAUAUUUUACAGAAUCAUCCUCGGUGUCAUUAAAUGGAUUGAAGUCUAAAUCUGAUGACGUUUUAAACAAUUCAAUUUCAAAUAUUUUAUCGAGUAGUAAUGAUUUUUACGAUCAGCAAUUGAGUCCAGCUGCUAAAAGAUUAUCAACAGAAUUAACGACAUUUCUUGACGGUAAACGGCGACAAAGUAAUUCAUCAGCUAAAAAUGAAGAGCGUAUUUAUGCAGAGCCAUUUUCAUUUGAUCAAAAAAGCGGUACAGAUAUUAUGGAGUUAAGUAAAUUAUCACCGGAAGAGCACAAUUAUUUGUCCCAUAAUUGGCAUCAGUGUGACAAUGGAUUUAUUAGUAAUCAAAAGCGGCAAAAUACUUCUGAUGAAUCGCUAUCCUUUCCGCCGAAAGAAAAGAAGAGAGAACCCGAGUUGCAUUAUAUGUGUACACCAAUAGAUCCACUUCUUUUGGAAAAUAACAAUAACACAUCAAAAACUAAGGAGUUGGACAAAUUAUCACAAGAUAUUAAUUUUCAUACAUUUCUCAAUAAAUCAAAUUCAUUGUCUAGAUCAUUUUUGGAUGGGCCAAGUCAAAUUAAGGUGGAGCAGCUAUUGAAUCAAGCAUUCGGACAGAGUACGAUGGCUGGAGUGGAGAUAUCGACUGACUCAAACACUUCUUCGGACACAGACUCUAUAGCCUCUACACCCUCAUCAGCCAACGACGAACUGUCAAGCUUCAAUGAAAAAUUACGAUUGUUUAAGCACCGAGAAAACAGCACCAGUAAAACAAAUAAAGAAGAAUUGCAUCGUAGUCUUACUGAAAAAAGGAAACUUUAUGUUAGGCAUGUUUCUAUAAAAUAUUCGGAAAAACAUGAGACUAGCCUUCGAGACCGACGUGAUAAACUGUUUGAUGUCUGUUUGCUUGUCGAGCUCAAUUUAUGUACUAGAGAACCGUACAUCAAAGAUAAAUAUCCUAUAUAUGCAAAAGCGCCAGCAUGGAUUGAAAAUUUUUGUUUUCCUGACGCUCAAGAUUGGCCAUCAUCAGACUCAAAUCAAAAUCAAUUUUAUUCUCUAUUUUUGAUGGACGAUAAAGGUGACUGCAGGUACGGUUAUUGUUGCCGAGUUAAACCAGAAGGUGGACCGAUACUACCACUGGCUUACUGUAUGAUUACUAAAUUUCGAGCCAGUGGAUUUUAUCACAAAGUUUUAUUAGAACUUGAAUCGCGACACGGAUUACCUGAUAAAAGACGUAGAAAAUUUAUUGAAGAUUUGUAUAAUAGUCCAAUGCCAAAGCCAGGCAAUUGUAUUAAAUUAACAACUGAUAAAAUAGAAAUAUUAACCGUUAGUAGCCAUAACAAUAAUUUUAUGAGCAAUGACAAUGACAUUUGUUCAACUGAUAGUGAAACGAAUGGUACAAAUGAUGUCAUAUUAAAUAAUGAACAUAGAUCCGUUAAAGUAGAACCUGGCUCGCCAGAGAAAAUAAUUGUACGUUCAGGUGAUCCUAGAUUAGAAGAAAAAGACAUGAGUCAAUUAUUUGACGCCGUAAGCAAUAAAGUACUUAUAUUUUUAUUUGGUACUUUAUUAUUGGAACGCCGUGUCGUUCUCGUUUGUGAAAAACUAAGCAAACUGUCAUCGUGUGUUGAAGCGCUGCAAAGUUUACUUUAUCCAUUCAAUUGGCCGCAUACAUUCAUCCCCGUUCUACCCGAUAUUCCAGAGCUAUCUGAAAUUUUACAAGCACCGCUGCCGUUUGUUAUUGGUAUUUUGAAGUCCAAAAAUGGAGCAAAUAUUCAAGUGGACUCUGUACAAAAUGGAAUUGUUAUUGAUCUCGAUACGUCGAAAGUCCUUUGUGCAGUGGGAGAUGAGUCAACUAUUUUGCCGUCACGACUGCAAAAAGGAAUCCGGUGUGCAUUGCAAUUGGUAUCGAGCAAUGUCAGGCCAGCUGAUGGAAUCAGAAAUUUUCUUGUUUCUGAAGCAUUUCUUCGGGUGUUUGUUGAAACUUGUAUACACUUUGAUAAACAUUUAGUUACACAGCAAGAUGGUAAAAUUAUUUUUCAGAAAGAAUCAUUUGUUAAAGCAUCCCCUAGUAAAACUUACAGAUAUUUCCUCGAGUGGUUUGUAGAAACUACAAUGUUUAAUACAUUCGUGACGGAUUAUAUUGCCCACAUCGAAGGUACCACAGUCCACGACUACUAUAAUAUUAAAUUAUUCAUCCAAAGAGUUGCGGAAUAUCGAAAAUCUGCCGAAACAAAUUCACAAUCCAAGAAGUUUUUGUCUAAAAAAAAAACUUUUGGUGAUCGUCUUAAAGAUUUAACAAAUUUUUACACUUAAAAAAGGUAAAAAGGUCGGUAUAAUUAUUAGACAUCAUCAAU